AUGCUUGAUGAAGAUGUAAUACUUAAGAUAGGAAUAUUCAUUAUAUCCUUUUUCGUAGUGAUUUGCAUAGGGGUCUGGGAAAAAAGAAGACUCGAUAAGAAUAAAAGAAGAGCUUCAGUGGAAGAGCCAUCUAAUGGCAAUAGAACAGACAGAAUAGAAAAAGCAGAUGAUAACUAUACUAGCAAGUUAAAUACGAAUAGCCAGACAGUCAGUGCUAGAGUUAACUAUGCUAGCAACUUAAAUAUGAAUAGCCAGACAGUCAGUGCUGCAUUAAACAAGAUAGUAGAGCUAUAUGGAGACAGAUGCAAAUUAAAUGAAGCUGAUGCAAAUGGCCUGUUCACAGAGGACAACUCGUUUGCUGUCUCAGUUACCGAGCACUUAGACGAAAUUUUUAUUACUUUUGGAAGAGACUCUUUCACACUAUUCAGCAUAAUAGAAUUCCUGAUUUCCCCUGUGGAAAGCAGAAAACCUUAUUCAUACAGCUGUGAUGACAAAUUGAGUGUAGUAAUAGGUAGUUCUUCUGAGCUGAAUAGUGUUUGCAGUGAUAGUAUGCUGAACAUUAUGCUGACCUUCAUAGACCUGCAGGAGAAAGUACAAAACAAAAUGGUUAUGCUAAACUUUGCGCCUUCUGCUAACUUUAAGUUUUCAAGGUUCAAAUAUUUUAGCAAUGUGGAUUAUAUCACGAUAUUUAUCACAACCUUGCACUCUAAUACGUUUAAGGACAUGGAGAAUUUUGAAGAACUUAAAAGCUUGACAAUUGCUAAAGGAACAAAGCUGGUGGGUGAUACGGGUGUAAAGGUUAGCAUAGCCAAAUUAUCAGAUAUAGCAAUGAUAGAAAUGGAGGAAAAAGAAGUUGAACACUUUUUGCAUGCUGUAGAUAAAAAGUAUAAUGAUUUUGUAUUAUCAAUUAUCAGAGUAAAUUUAACCAAUACUCAAGCAAUUUCCAAGCUAUCCUGUCUGUCUUCUCUAUUCCAAAUAGACUUACGCAGUAUAGUCUUUAAAGAAAUUCCAGACUUCACGUUCAUCAAGAAAGCUACAGGUCUGACAACUCUACAUAUGGAGGACAUAUUCUACGGGUAUGAGGAGAAGUACGAAGAAAGUUCAUUCACACAAAUUAGAAAAAAUAUAGAGUAUUUGAAUGUAAGCCAAGUUCAGAGAAAAUAUAGUACAUACUCUGAACAGGAAAAGAGAAUUAUUGACGAAAAUAGGAAGGUGGGAGAGUCCAUUAGAGCAAUGUGGGUCUAUAUGAACAAAAAUAUUUAUGAUGACUUAGGAAUUAGCAGUCUUAGUCCAGAUGUAAGCAUGGCUCCUUAUAUACAGAUUGUGUUUCCUCUUCUUAAAGACAGUAACUUCUCUAACGUAAGCUCCUAUGAAGUUCUGUUUAGCAUGGAAGCAGACGGCAAGAGAUUACAUAUAGUAAGUGUUGCAGAUUCAUAUUGGCCAGACUAUCGGGCUUUUGCCUGCCUCAGUGAUUUGGUUUUUCCCUUUGGCUCUUACAUGGCCACCAAGCAUAUUUUCUUCCAUUUUGAGCACGAGAUUAAGAUAUCUGAGGUUUUUAUGGACUUUUUCAUAGAAUCAGUAUAUCUAUAUCCACACUCUGAUCUUUUUGAAAACAUAAAGAUUGAGACAAGUAACACCAUAGAUGUGGAUAUAAACACUAUUAUUGAAUAUGGCAAAAAGUUUAAAGGGUUAGCACAUAUGGAGUUUGUCAAUGUUGAGCUAGCGCAGACGAUUAUUAAAAAAACAAAUGAAGAAGGAGUAGAUGACAUGCCUAAGUAUGAAGUAUGUACAAACAGCAAUGGCAUUAUAACAGAUAUAAAAUUCCUUAGAGAUAACUAA